AUGCAGUUCUCCAUCGCCGCUAUUGCCGUCGCUUUCGCCUCUCUGGCCACUGCCAUGCCCACUGAGUCUGGCAUCCAGCACCAGGAGGGUGGCCACGUCCGCUUCCCCGUCCCCAGCGGCAUGACUGUCAAGCAGGCCCAGUCCAAGUGUGGUGACCAGGCUCAGCUCUCUUGCUGUAACAAGGCUACCUACGCCGGUGACACCACUGAUGUUAACUCUGGCCUCGGUGGCGGUCUUCUGUCCAACCUGAUCGGUACUGGCUCCGGUGCCGAUGGUGUCGGUAUCUUCGACCAGUGCUCCAAGCUGGACGCUCAGAUUCCCAUCCUCAUCGCUAUCUCCGCUCAGGAUAUCCUCGACCAGCGCUGCAAGCAGAACAUUGCCUGCUGUGCCAACUCUCCCUCCACUGCCUCCAACGACCUGGUUGGCGCCGGUCUUCCUUGUGUUGCUCUCGGUUCCAUCCUCUAA